CUUAGACCCAAAAUGGCAUCCCAAACAUACAAUCAAAAAAACCAAAAAAAUCUCCCAAUUGGAGUAGUUUCAGUACCUUUCCCAAUGCAAGGCCAUCUCAAUCAAACACUCCUUCUAUCAAAUCUCAUCUCAUCCUAUGGAAUACAAGUUCAUUUUGCUGGAUCUACAACCCACAAUCAACAAGCCAAACAAAGACUCCAUGGUUGGAAUCAACAAAAUAUUCACUUUCAUGACUUACAACUUCCUAACCUUAACUCAUCAAUUCCUCCCCUUUUCAAUGAGAAAACUACCGAAUUUCCUAGUCAUCUCCAACCCCUUUUUGAUGCUUCCUUAAAUCUUCGUCAACCCAUGUUUAAACUUCUUCAAGAACUUUCAUUAAAGUAUAGAAGGAUCAUUGUGAUUCAUGAUACUUUAAUGGCUUAUGUUGUUCAAGAUUUGAAGUUUAUACCUAAUGCUGAAUCUUAUGCCUUACAUAGUGUUUCUGCUUUUGCUAUAUUCUUCCAUAUUUGGGAUUCUUUGAGUGAUGGUAAGCCUUUUGAGCUUGAUGAUGAUAUCCCUAAUUGUAGGGAUCUUUUGAAUGAAGGGUGUCUUACACAGGAGUUUAAGGAAUUUAUAGCAUUGCAAUACAAAGCUUUGGAUUUUGAGAGUGGAAGACUUUACAAUACUUGUAGAUUGUUUGAAGGUAGGUACAUGAACUUACUGGAAAAACUCCCUACAAAUGCAAACAAAAAGCUUUUUGCAAUGGGGCCUUUGAAUCUGGUUGAUAUAAACAGAACAAAUCCCAGUAAAAUUAGACAUGAAUGUCUUGAAUGGCUGGACAAACAUGACAAAAAUUCAGUGUUAUUUGUUUCUUUUGGAACAUCAACAUCACUGACAGAAGAACAGAUUACCGAACUAGCAAUUGGGUUGGAAAGAAGUGAUCAGAAGUUCUUAUGGGUCUUAAGAAUGGCAGAUGGAGCACAAUUUUCUGCAGAAGAUUAUAUGAACAAGAAGAAUCUUCUAGAAGGGUAUGAAAGUAAGGUAAAACAUAAGGGUAUGGUAGUAACAGAUUGGGCACCUCAGCUUGAAAUUCUUGCACAUUCGGCAAUUGGCGGGUUUAUGAGUCAUUGUGGAUGGAAUUCGAGUAUCGAGAGUAUUAGUAUGGGUGUGCCAAUUAUAGCAUUGCCUAUGCAUUCUGAUCAGCCUAAAAAUAGUAUUUUUUUAAGGGAUGUGUUGAAGAUUUGUUUGUUGGUUAGGAAAUGGGAGAAAAGAGAUGAAUUGGUGAGAUGGGAUGUAGUGGAGAAUUGUGUGAGCAGAUUGAUGGUGUCUAAGGAAGGGGAAGAGAUGAGGAGAAGGGCUAAUGAAUUGGGUAGAAAAGUGAGGGAUUCGGUUGAAAUUGGUGGAACUUCUUACUUAGAAAGGGACUCUUUCAUUACUCAUAUUAGUAGAUAGUAUGCUUAUAGCACAAGGUGUAAUCAUACAAGUAUUGCAUUGUAAGAAGUCUUGACAUUAAGGUUUUGACGUUGUUAUGUUGUGUGAUUCAGAAAUAUAAAAAUAUAGAGUAUUAAGCACAGUGCAAAAAUACGGUUUUGGAAACGAUCACGGUAACGGUCGCAACACAGAUUUUAUGGCUAAAACGAAUGAUUUUACGGUCAAUGCAGCCUAUAUUUCGGUUGCGGUAAACUCAAAAAACUUUAUAAUAUGCUUACGAUACGGUGAUGCAGUCUUAUUUUUGCGCAAUGGUAGUAAUUAGUGAUUUUGAUUACUAAUUAGUGUUUGAAAUAAUUUGUGUCUACCAAUAAGGCCAUAAUGGCAAUUAUAUGGUUGAUAAGCACUUGUGAAUAAUCAUUUGCCUAAUGGACGUUGGUUGGUUUGACUAGUUGAAUGUAUGUUAUCAGUAAAAGUUAGUUUUUGGCUUUUAUUCUUAUAUUAGAGAAAAAAUGAGUCAAAAAGUCUAUG